AUGGUUAGCCAGGGCUCCGAUGAAGCGUCUAUAUCCGUCAUGAGACCAGAACACCCCUCGACUGCGGCAUCUGUCGUGUCUGACCAUGUCUCUGAUGCAUCGUCUUUUGUUCCAGGGACUGUUUUCCUAGUCGAUGUCACCCACCAGACAUCCACCAAACACGCCUCAGGAAAACACGAUGACAUCGUCCUUAUUCCUCCCCCCAGUGAAGAUCCCAACGAUCCCUUGAAUUGGUCAACUCGUCGGAAGAAUCUGCAGCUGAUUCUGCUGUGUGUGUACACCUUUUUUAUGAAUGGACUAAUCAACUUUUAUGGUGUCGCAUAUGAUGGUCUAACGGUCGACCUGAAUACAACCUACAAUGGGCUAAAUACGGGGAGUGCUAUCCUCUUCCUCUUCAGUGGUGUCGGGGCAACAUUUUGGCCGCCGGUGGCCAUGAAAAUUGGUCGUCGGCCCGCAUACAUCAUCGGCCUUAUCAUCGCCUUGGUCGGCAGUAUUAUUGGGGCUCGUCAGACCAACUGGGGCGUUUGGGUUACGUUUAACGUGUUUUGGGGCAUCGGAUGUGGUCCCAAGGAAGGUCUCGUUCAAAUCUCGUUGCAGGAUAUGUACUUUGCCCAUGAAAUCGGCUCCAAGGUUGGAUACUGGGCUUUGUCGUAUAGUGCCGGGGCUUUUGUCGUCCCGCUGGUCGCUGGAUAUGUGUAUGUCGAUCUGUCCUGGCGUUGGUGUUUCUGGUUGACUGCAAUUGGAUUUGGCGCCAUGGUUUUGAUUCUUCUUUUUGGUCUCGAGGAAACUCUCUAUCCCCGGUCUUAUGCCCCCAAAGAGGUCGCUUCCACCGACCCCGAAUCACCCACUGCACCUUCGUCGAUCAAGUUGAAAUCCUACCGCCAAACCCAUCCUCUCCACUCAUGGGGCGUCAACCCAGACGAAAAAUGGAGGGACCUCUUUCUCCGCCCUUACAAGCUGGCACUCUUCCCCCCAGUCCUCUGGGCGGGUAUGUUCACGGGUGUGUCGAUCUGCUGGUGGGCCGCGAUUUUCACCACCGAGUCGCAGUUCUACGUCGGGGAGCCCUAUGUUUGGAACGGAGAGCAGGUCGGCUUAACAAAUGCCGCCGCCUUAAUUGGUAGUCUCCUCGGAACCAUAUUCGCAGGAAACGUGAGCGACUGGUUCGUCCUCGUCGUCGCAAAGCGAAACAAGGGUACUCGCGAGCCCGAGCACCGCCUUUCUCUCCUUGCCGCGACAGCAAUCAUCACGUCGGGUGGUUUGGUCAUGUAUGGUAAAGGCGUAGAGGUUGGAUUGCCUUGGUCUUGUCCUGUAAUUGGGAUGGGGCUGAUGGGAUUCGGAUUCACCGCUUCAUCUAUCAUUGGCGAGACUUAUAUUCUCGACUCCUACCGAGCUGUUGCACCCCAAUCCCUGGUGGUUAUUAAUAUCUUCCGCAAUCUUAUCGGAAUGACAUUUGUCUUCUGUGUGCAGCCCUGGCUUGAUCACUCUGGGUAUGGAAAUGCCUUUAUCCAAAUGAUGGCCAUGUGUAUCAUUGCGCAUUUGACAGUAAUCCCCAUGAUCGUUUGGGGUAAACGUCUGCGCAUUACGACUGCGGCAUGGUACUUGAAAAUGGUGGAGAGGAGUGGUGUUCCCAGGGAGUUUGCCUGA